CUGAGAUGAAUCGAAUUGGUGUACAUUUUGAAUUUUUUUCUCCUAUAACUAAUUCAAGCCCAUGGACGUGGACUUCUUUAAUGGGCCCUGACAAACUUAAAGUAUUGCAAAGUUUUCAAAUAUCUAAAUUUUUUAAAUUAAAUAGAGGUAGAGAAAUAGAAUGUCUUUGGCAUAAAUUUUAUAGACUUUACAAAGUAAUGCAUCAACAAAAUUUAAAUGACAUAGAAAUCGAUAAAUUUGAAGAUGAUGUAAAGCAAUGGAUUAGGAAUUUUACUCAACCUACGGUUGGAAAAUUAAACUCACCAAAUCAACAACAAGGAAUGUAUCCAAAAAAAAAAUGUAACACCAUACAUGCAUAUGCUGGUUCAACAUAUGCCUAA